AUCAGCCCCUCUAACAGCAGUCCCCCUGAAUUUCCACCACCAAGACCCCAGCCCCUAUAUCCCUGGCAACGUUCCUCGAGUUGUCGUGAAUUAUAUGCAACGAGUUUUGAGGACUCUGGACGUGCGCGUAAAAUUGACGAAAAGCCCGAGGGUGGCCUUGAUACAAUACAAUUGCCCUCGCAGGGUGAACUUGACAAUCCGAUAACACGUUAUGACGAUACUAAUCGUUCAUACAGCGCGGCAAGUUCAAAAUUACCAUCAUUAGAUCAUGACUCUGUACCAGAGCGUGUUUACAGUAGUUCAUAUCCCGGCACAUCGUCAUUAUCAACAGAAUCGGGCCACGAGGAGUCCGGUCCCGGUGCUGAUCUAUCCCACGAUGAUUUAUCCCACGAUUCGUAUGAACUACUCGAGCGUGAGCACGAAUUUGAAUAUCCCGAGUCUUAUUCGAGUCCACGCGAUGAAGCAGUCUCUGAUAAUAGUGACGAAGGAAUUGAACAGGAGAUGUUCCAAAUGGACUCGGAGACUGAUUCGUUUGUAAAGCACAGAUCAAUAAAAUCCACUGACAAACAGUUAUUCAAAUCCGUGCUCGCUGAUAUUAAAAAUGCAAAGGUAAAAACAUCAGCGGAUCGGUGCUCAGCAGCGUCUAAAGCUGAGGCUAAUAAUUUAGUUGUAACAGAGACAAGAAUUCAGCGCACAAGUACUCAGAUAGAGCGUAAGUACGAGGCGCGACAGAUUAAUUUGAUUGAUCAGUCUUCCAAACCACCGUUACCACAUCAGGAUUCGGGCCGAAAGGAUCCCGUUGUUCUGCAAGUUCAAAAGCAGAAGAUGACCGUUAUGAAUGAACUGAAGAAUUUAAAGCCAAAGUAUAAAAUAACACACGUUGACUCGGAAGUGCUGAGGGACGAGGGUAUAAUGCGUCCCAAGUCGCGAAUUGAUGAUGACUUGAGUCCAGUUGAAGCAAAUCGAACAUUUCUAGAUAAAGCACGGGAAAGAACAACGCGCGCGCGUAGUAUAGCGAGCCUCGAUGAUCAUGGCGCUCAUAGGUCUUACGUUGAAACUGGCAGUCUUGGUCGUAGUCAUCAUCGUGAUAAAAAAAUUGAUAAAAUAGCAAUGAAAGAGCGUAAAAGUUUUGAGCGGGAGGAGCGCAAGCGAAUUGAGCGUGAAAAUUUUCGGGAAAUUCGUAGAUUAGAGAAAAAUGAUUCGCGAGAAAGAAGAUCAAUGGGUCGAAUGGAUUCACGGGAACGACGAAGCAUGGAGCGUUUAGAUUUUCGUGAAGCGCAGAUGCGAAUUGAGAGGAAUGACAGUCGGGAGUUGAGGAGGAGCAUUGAACGCUUGGAUUCGCGUGAGAGGAGCCACGACAGGCUCGACGGAGGGAAAAAUGGACGAAGAGGAGAUUAUCGGGAGCCGAAAGUUGCAAGUAGUGAGCGUUUAGAUUAUCGAGAGAUGCGCAAAAGCUUAGAGACACUCGACACAAGUCCCAAGGAAAAAUCGAAAAGAAGCCCGAAGUCUUAUGAAUACGAUAGGCACACUUUGGAACGAUUUGAUUCAGGUAACAGAAGUCCAUUUGAUCGUCACAGCCCCCGAGAUGUUCGGGGUAAGAGUUAUGAACGACUGGAUUCGAGAGAUAGGCCAACUUUUGACUUUGAUCCUCGAACAAUUGAGAGAUUAGGAUUAUUAGAUCGGAAUGUAAUGGAGAGAUACGAUUCUACGGAAAAAUCUCAUGACAGACGAAGUGGUGAGAGACGAGGGAGUGAUCGAAAGGGUUACCUCAAACAAGAGUCGAGAGAUCGAAAGAGCCUUGAUCGUAUGGACUCACGUGAACGACGGAGUUCCGAUGGUUUAUCCCAAUCAUUUGCAGAAACUAAAAAGAAAAACAAAACUGAUGAUGAGUCGCCCAGGGAGAGAGACGACUGGAGGAGCUUGGGACGGGCAAGAAAAGAAGAGGAGAGACGAGACCGGGAGAGGCAGAUGAAAGUAUUUAUGGAAUCAAGAACAGAGACCAUCAUUGGUGUCCCCAAUGAGUGGGAAAGUGUUAAACCCAAAGCAGGAUUUGCUGAGUACGAUCCCAAAGUUGUUGGUGGAGUAAUUUUAGGUUUCGAUGAUGUUGCCCUGACUGGACACAUACCAGUUGAACGCACAAAGAGCGAUCCAAACCCUGGACGACAGCGGAUUGGUUCCAACAGUAAACGUCACAUUCUCAUGCAUCAAAAAUCAAUCGACCUCACCCCAGCUGAUUCUGGUGAUGAGGAUGCUUUUGUUGAUGGUGCUACGAAAAAAACCAAUGCCGAUAUUCCAUAUACUUUGCAUAAACGCCAUGUGAUGAAUGGAACUGCGUCGGAUGAUAGGUCUGAAUCUGACAGUGGAAAAAAUUCCAAGAUGGUCAGAGGUAUUGAACUUCCAAAAUUACCCAUCAAACAAGUUACCGACGUUUCUCUUCUAGAUUUGACUAAAUUACCACCAACUCCUACAUCGAUAGCCGUUAGCAAACUCUCGGCCGACAGACCUAAGAGUAUUUUAGUGAGUCCCGAUAAAUCUAAGUCUCCUAAGAUGUUGAGUCCAAAACUCUCUCCCACUGAACCCAAGAUAAUUCAUAUACCUUCAGAGAAGAGUCCUCCUCCGGGUAUUCUUAAGUCUCCAUUGAAAACACCCACCAAAUCCCCUUCAUUAGAUAAAAUCAAAGGAGAAUCAAGAUCCAGUAUCGAUAAAAAGUACAAUAAACUCUCUCCGACGGAGUCAAACGUUACAAUCAUCUCUGUAAUAGAGAAGCGAUCACCUAAGAAAUCUCCAGGUGAUUCUAAUGUGACAAUAGUGUCGGUUAUUGAGAAAAGAAGGUCCAGUGAAGUAAGCCCGAAUCACUCUGGCUCGGAAAGAUCUCCAUCGAAAAUGUCUCUCAAUUUUGCAGACAUUGUUGUUGAAGAAAUGAAACAAGAACAGCGAAGGCAGAGUCAACAGAGUAUUGAAAAACAGCAGCUAAAGGUACCCGAUGAUUCGCUCGAGAAACAGGACAGCAUCGAAAAGAUUCCGCUCCCAGAAAUUCCAAUGAAAACUAGUACUAAGCCUCCGCUCCCUGUGAAACCUUCCCUUCCAUCGAAAGAUAAUUUUGAGUCUGAGGAUAAGUCUGAGCAGAAAAUUGAAAGUAAAGGAGAGGCCAAGUCAUCCUCUCCUGAACAGGCUACGUCUCCCCAGAAAAAAUCCGAAAAAUCGAAAACCCUCGAGAAACCCAGUAUUCCUGAAAAAACAAAGCGCAUCUUAGAUCGAAUAGAAUCCAGAUUUUCGGAGUUCAAUAAAAACGCGUCAACAAAAGUACCAAGGCCAAAGAUAAUCGACACAGGGCACGAUGAUUUCGUGGAUCCAGUGGCUGAUUUGCCCUUAGAUGAAGUACCUGUCAAGCCAGCAUUUGAACUUGAUAGUUUGAAAGUACCGGACUUCAAUCCCUUCAUGCUUAGACCUCACGCAGAACCGUUAAGAUCAAAGUCCUUAUCGCUCGCUGAAGAAAAAGCCCCCAUAGACACUCUUUUAUCUCCGGAAUUUGAGAAUAAGCAUUUUAUCCAGGAUGUCUCACCGAAAAAGAUCAAAAAGGCGAAAUCCGAAGCUAAGAAGGAUUUCAAGAAACAAUCAAAGUCUCUGGAAGGUGAUAAACCACCUCUCAAGAAGAGUUUAUCGAAGGCAGCGAAAUUAUCUCCGGCAAGUUUAAAGAUUGAUAAAUCCAAAUUGAAAUUGGGAGAGAUGCCUCAAGAAAUUAUAAUUAUCGACUCGAUAGAUGUCGAGCCUCAGAUUAGUAUCGUACAGAAGGGAAGAUCUAAAUCGAUAACACGAUUGUCUAAUCGUACAUUCUCUACCUCGAAAGAUGAGGAGACGAAGAAAACACGUGCUAAAUCUGCCUCCGUCGAUGAGGAAAUAAUCAAAAGUCUUGGUGGUCUCAAGCCAGAUAAACAGCGGCCAAAAUCAUUGGGAAUAUCCAAGAGUCUUGGGAGUACCGAGAGAGAGACAGCUGAAAAAAUAUCACCAAAAAAAAUCACAAAAGGAAAGUCCAUGGAUGGAAAAAUAUCUCCGCACAGAAGAUCUCCCUCUCGAUCACCGGCGACACGAUCGCCUGUCGAACCUAAAGAGCCAGCAUUUAUUGAAGAAUCAAUGGAAGAAGUGAUGGCUAAGGAAAUCGAGGAAUCGCAAGCUCAGAAAUCAGAUACACCAUUUUCAGAUGACAAACCGAAAGAGCAGAAAAUAGAGACACAGAUUGAUUCAAAAGUAGAGAAGGUUAAUGAUAAACACCAAUCAAAAGUCGAAUCAAAGGAUAAAGUAGAAUCAACGGCAGAAGAAAAAUUUGAUAAAUUUCAAAAAGUAGUAUCUCCCACAAGCACAAGAAAACCAGGGGAUUCCCCAAUGCUUUUUGCUCGUUUGGGUCUAUCGGAAGGUAGUGGUAUCGGUGUUUUAGAACGACAGGGAGCAGCGACGCAAUCGCCGAUCUCUCAGAGACGAGCAAAAUCGCUAGAUGCUCCCGUAGUAGCUCUUCACAAACUUCCUCCAGCAAAUGCAUUUUCCAGUAAAGAUGAUACAGUUGAAGAAAUACAAGACGUUAUUCCUGAGGUAAUCCUUAAGAAGGAGGAAACAAAACCGCCUCCAGCUGACGCCUCUCCAAAUAAUCGAUCUGAUAGUACCGAUCCAGUGCCCACAGAUUCACUAUCCAUGACUGAGCCAUCAACCCAGUACUUGGAAUCACCUUCUGAUGAAAUCCAGGGAAUCACCGCAUGCCCAGAUUUAAUUCCUUAUGAACAGGAAGGGCAGAAAACGAUGAAAAGACUUUUGAAAGAUGAAUACGAAGCUCCGAAAAUAGAAGGGCCAACAAAGUUCAUCGAUCAGAGCUCCGUAGAAUCCACAGCAGAGCCCGAUCUCAUUCCAGAGCUUUCCGGAUCAAAAAGUCGCUCGGCUGACGGGUUGAAAAAAUCAGAGGUAAGGAAAGGAGAGACCUCGAGUGGAACUGAUAGCUCUGAAGGUGACAAAAAAAAUUCAUCACGAAAAAUGAAAACAAUAGGAUCAUCAUGCUCAAUAACAACGGAUGAGGCAACUCCCAGAGGCUCAAUCGAACGUGAUGAAGUUCCGAAUGUGACAGUGAGCACUGCCGGAGGAAAAACUGGGAUGGCUGUAGAUUACUAUGAUGGUGAAGAUCCUCCUGACAUGAUAAAAUCUCCAAUUCAAAUUUCCAUAGAAGAAUGCUCCGACGCUGACGGCCCACUCAGUGAUGAUCAAAAUGACAUUCUGGAUGAGGCAAUUUUCCAAGCAAAACAGACAGAAAAACCUCGAUUGGAUUCGGGAGACACGAGUGAAGAUACUUUAGAUGCUCUGGACGCUCAGAUGCAAAUGCAGGGUCCGGAUAGUGAUGUUUCCUCUCCGGAUUAUGCAGAUAAAAUGGAUGAAAAGACCCUUGUUGAGGUAGAAUUAACUCCUGAAUACUUAGAAAUGCGAAAGGAUGACAUGCUCGGGGCGGAAGAACUUCCUGAGGAUGAGCCACCAAAGGACAAAGAUUCUGAAGAUCCCAAUAGGCUCUCGCUCGAUAAAAAAUCUCGUUUAAGUACUGAACGUUCUCGAAGUGAAGAAACAAAUACUUAUACUCCAGAACGAGAAGAUCCAGACUCUAGCUCGUGCUCGAUAGCCCGACCCCUGGGAAUAGGACAAAUUCAGUCUAUUUUCGAUCGCAGGGAAAUUGCCGGGAUGAGAGAGAGCAGAAAGGAAGGCUCCGUAGAAGAGGAAAGCAGUAGUUGCUCUCAUCCCCCAGUUAAAAUGGAAUUGAGCUCAACCUGGAAACCAUUUCCUUUAGAAAGCUCUGGAAGUUCUAGCCUGGAAGAUGCUGGAUGGAUACCGCAGGAUGAUAAUCACCAUCAAUCACACUCCGAAGACAGCAAUGGGCCCAACGAUGAUAGCUAUCGUGAAGACCUUGCAGACUAUGCCGGAGCACUCCCUUACCCAAUCAAUCCUGAGGUAAUGGCGAAUUAUGGAGCAUUUGCUCUCUCUAGGACCCUUUCGAGAAUUUCAGAAAGAUCUACAACAUCGGAACAAGAUAAAAGUGAUCUCGAGGACUCGUUCAAACCAUCUUCCAGGUCUCCAAGCCUAGACGAUGAGUCACUGAUCUCCAGUGAUCAUCAACCAUCCUUAUCUUCUGAUCCACCUUCGGGCGCUGCCCUGCCUUCAGUCUCCGAUGAUAGGAGAACAUCUUCAGAACUUCCAGAUAUACCCAUUGAUGUACCGGGUCAGGAAGAUAAAUCCCCCAAGACUCGAAGGUCAAGACUACAUCCACAAACGUCGGAAGACUGGCCAUCGCCUCCCAGUUCUCCAUUAUUUGACCCCACAGUUUGCAGUCACGUAGAGACCUUCUACAUGGAAAUUAAACCGGAAGAAGCUGUGAAAGUAACUGUAACUGACAGCAGUGAAACUCCCAGGGCAGCAGAUAGUGAUUCUAGUGAUGAGAAUCGCACACUGCAUGAUGAUCUACAUUCUACACUCUUAGAAGAUGGCCAAAGCUCUACCUCAGCAACAACUGUCGAUGGUACUGUGAAAAUUGCUGUUAAACCAAAGAGUAACUCCUAUAUAACAGGCUCGUCCCACAGUGAGGACACAUCAAUGGGUCUCUCGAUGUCAGAAUGGUCGAGUUCAAAUAAUACAGUUCGUCAGUUCUGUCAAUAUUCUGGCACGAAAUCGGAUGAUAACUCAUUAGCCGAGCUUGGAGCUUCCAUUUCGGACUGGUCGGGAAGUACUACUGUGAUUCCACAACAGUAUUACACAGCAAUUGCAACGGAGAAGAGUCAGAGUGACACAACGACUUCCGACAAAAGUGUUACGAGCAUGAGGCCAAAUUCAAAGUGCCAACAUACGAGUCCUUCCUCUUCGAGGCAGGAUCUCCAUGAGGCAGAGGGUGCGUGUGGAUAUGAUGAGAAUUCGCCCACAGAAUAUCCUCCAGAGAUAACUGAUCAUCCUGAUGAGUUUGAUGAGGCUAGGAAAUUCGUGGAAAAUCAGUUUGACAAGCAUCGGAGACGUUUCGACGAUGAGCAACCCACUGCCGGAGCGUAUACUGAUAUUUCUCCGCCCCAAAUUAAAUUUCAAAGUGAUUACGACGAGGAGAUCGAUGAAGAUAUUGAAUUCGGUGCUUUACCAAGCAUUCCUGGCUCGAUACCAGAGGAAGAUGAAGAAGAACGUCUGUACGAUAAUGUUCCUGCGAUGAAGUACUCUAGUGGAGACAAUGUCAGGAUGAAAGUCAGCCCUGGUGACAGUUCCGAAGAUAUGCAUGAGAGAUUUGCUGAUUUGGCAUCGAGAUCGAGAUCUGGGGAUGAUGAAUGGAGUUUCGAGGAGCCUAGACAGUCUUUGGAGGACAAUCGGCAAAUCAAAGGGACCCAUAAAUUUGAUCGAGGUUAUUCAGAGCCUGCUGAUCAACGACCCGGCACUAGAUCCACGCAGAGACCCGUUAUCGUACCAGUGAGAGCCAAGUCUACUCCUUAUUACUCCACGACUAGUCUCAGUGGAGAAUCGACUACCUCCAGUCCUCCCAUGCCAAUUCGUGCGCAGAUUAGGACUAAGACAAUACCAUACACUUGCAGAAGUCCUCAGAGCGAGGGAGACACCUCCUCCAGUAUGGAUAGUCCAGCACAUACUCCGGACAGGGUACAGAGGGCCUUCAGGAGAAAGAGACAGCAAAAUGCCAAGAGAAGACAUCGAGUUGCUAUCGAUCUUGAAAUCAAAGAUGGACAAAUCGUCUCCAGCACUGAUUCAAGCUUUGACGUCGCUACUAUUCCUCCACCACUUCUUCCAGAAAUGAGCAUAGAUAUCGAAGAUGAUGCCGAUGUACCUCCUCAUUUACCGCCUCGUCGACGAAAUAUUGAGGAUGAUACACAUUAAAUAAUUUUCAUCAUCUGAGAAUGAUAUGAAAAAGUCAAUACUUAUCAAGGUGAAUUGAGACGCUAGACAACGAUAGAUCAAACGUCAAUAGUUGGAGAGAAUAAUAUCGAUAGGCUUCGAGAUAUGGAUUGAGGAAUUGAUUUGGCAAUACGGAAGUUCGUGAGAAAUGCUCAAGUGUUGAAUGAGUGAACUUGAUAAUACUCAUUAUGAUCAAAAAUGCAAGAACAUUUAGUAGGGAAUUAAAUAAUUAAUAAUUCAUACAUUAGGAUACAAUUGAGUGUUUUAAUACCGGAGUUUGGACGAGACAAUUUUUUUUAUCAGUUCGUUUUGAUGGUUUAAGCGUUGAAAAUUAAAAAAAAAAAGAGAAAUACGGUGAGCGAUGCUUUGCGGAAUAGUGUAGGAAUUUGAAUUAAAUAUAGAUGCAGAUACAGGAUAAUUGUAGGAGUAGGUUUUUUUUUUGUAGGUAGGACACUCCGAGGAAGUAUUCAAUAGAAUUAAGUAAGGUCGAGUGGAAUUUGGAUUGCAUAUAAAGGUAUGACGGAAGAAGUUUAAAUUAUUCAGAGGGAAUUAGAUGAUAAAUAUGAGGAUUAUUACCAAAAAUACUAUUUAAAAAUAUGUUUUUAUUAAUAAUAUUUUUGUUAAUACUAUUAUUGUGAAAGAUUCAAUAGUACUGACAUUGAGUUCACGAGGAUUGACAAUCAUCACAAACGCCGCAAAAUGCUUAAUUAAUCGAUGGAGUUAUUGUCGAUCGUGAAUUGCGAUUUUACUUAAAAACAGUCGACUAUUUAUAAACGGGUAAAAUUAUUCAAUAUUUUUCAGUUACAAGAGCGAUUACGUUCGACUAUCAUUGAACAAAGUAAAUGGAUGAUAAAUUUGCUCAAUAUAGGAUAUUAAUAUCUUCAUUUUUUCCCGCGUGUUAUGUGGUCAGGCAAAGUACCAAAAAAUGUGUAGUAAAAAAUACAAUUUAAGACCGAAUCAUCGUGCAUUUCAUCCUGGAGAAAAAAAAAACGUGUGCCUAGAUUUUUAAUCAUCGAAGUUUUCGUUCCCCUUGGUUCUGACCCCCUUCGAUGAUAUUGAAUUGUUGAGAAUUGAGCCUCGGCCGACGUUGGCUGAGUACCGAGUCGAAUAAUCCAAGGAAUUGGUGAUGAAAUUACAUUCCAAAGCGAUUUGAAUAUAUUCCAUAAUAUUAUGGAUUAUUUACAUUUAAGAUUGUACUAACAUUCUUAUCUUGAAAGAAAUUUUCUUAGGGCCCUUUAUUAUCACUAUCAUUAUUACUAUUAUUAUUAUCGUGGGAAAAAUUAUGGUAGUCUUGAGAUAUUGAAAUUUUCGUUUCUCAUUGUUUAGUUAAGGCAUGUGGUUCGCUAGUCCUUAAGGGAUAUAUUGAUGGGAGAUAUAAGCAGAGCCCCUUGGUCCUCUUCCAGUGGUUCAUGUCACUCCACUUAGAUAACUAUCAUCACCCACCCCCACCCAUUCUACCGGUUUGACUUGUAAAUUGACAAGAAAAAUACCAUUGCAUCUGUUGCAUUGUCUCAGACCCAUCAUCAUUGCACUCAUCACUGCACAUUCACUUAAUAUUUUAUUCAUUUUUUUUUUUCAUUAAUUUUCAUCACUCAUUCACAAAAGCUACCCCCAUGAUUAAUGAUUUAAAGGUGAAAAAUAAUUCUUGCAGCUUCCGCGAAAGUUCGUGGUAGCCGAAUUUUAAAAUUGUCUUCCUUCAGAAUGUAAUUGAACUCAAUUAGUUGCACCUCAAUCACUUGAACUUGAAUGAAAGCCCAACACGAAUGAGUUCGUGAAAGUGUGCGAGAGAUGAGAAAAUAAUUUCAAUAUAAAAUUUCAAUGUAAAACAAACGAGAAAAAAAUUCGGCUGUUCCCGUAAUUAGAAAAUGACUGAAAUACUGUAUUCAAUACAAUUAGACGGUAUAUUAAUUAAUAAGAAGACCUCCCUCAAAAUGCGUAUAUAUAUAAUACAAAAAAAAACCGAAAACAAAUAUUUAUUAUAUUAUAUAUAUAUACAGAAAUGUACGUACAUAGGUUAUUGAAUGAAUUCGUAAUUAAAAUUAGGGAGCAAGGUAUCAUGAAAACUCAUUGAUUGAUUAUUUGAUAAAUUUGAAAUUUAUACUUUUGUUGCCAUAUCGAUUAUUUAAUUUUCUGUGAUAAAUGAGAGAAAAAGAUUUCGGUGAUGCUGUUCAGUCGUGGGCAUUCUUAUGAAUACUGGCGUCAACUUU